AUGGCAUUUAUAAUGGAAUUCGCUGAGAAACUGGUAAGGAGGCUGAUGGAGGACCCCAAAGAGCGGGAUCAGAAGUUCAGGAAGCAUGUUUAUGCAGUUCAUGAUCGAUGCAAAAAGACUAAAGAAAUGUGGAGCCUACCCAUCCGCCCUUAUGGGUUCUGGACAUUUGAGCGCCACAAUGCACAACUUGCAUGGGAUGCCCAAAUCAGCUAGGUCCCUGGACAGAGGGAUCCCUAUGAUGACCUCCUUCAGCAGACUUAUGCACCACCAUCGUCAUCAUCAUCA